GGUUUCCUUGUCUUUGGACUGGAGACCAACUAGCAGAGAGAGAGUGUGAGAGAGGCGGACGAUAACAGCAUCCUUUGCUGUUAUUCAGCCAUCAACGCAUCUCCAAUGAACUGCCCGCAAAGAAAGCACUGAUCGUGCCCUACCUGCUUUUUAUGCAGGGCAGAGAUACAGAUCAGGAAAAAAAAAAAGAAGAAGCAUCUCUUUUUUUCAUAUGAGAUUAUUUUUUCACAGACUUUUUAUUUCAAGGUCUCUGUAAAAGCCUCUUCUCUUUUCCACCAUGGUGCUAGGAAAGGUAAAGAGCUUCACAGUGAGCUACGACUGUCUCAAUGACAGCAACGUCCCCGUGUUCUCCAGCGGGGACUGCGUCUCAGGGAGGGUGGUCAUCGAAGUCACCGGAGAGAUCCGCGUGAAAUCUCUCAAAAUCCACGCCAAGGGAUUUGCAAAAGUUCGUUGGACUGAAUCGAGAAACGCUGGAUCCAACACUGCCUACACGCAAAACUACACAGAAGAAGUGGAAUAUCUAAAUCACAAAGAUAUCUUAAUUGGACACGAGAGAGACGAUGACAACUCCGAGGAAGGACUCACCACUAUCCAUUCAGGAAGACAUGAGUAUGCAUUCAGCCUUGAGCUUCCACAGACACCUCUGGCUACCUCUUUCGAAGGGAAGCACGGCAGUGUGCGCUAUUGGGUAAAGGCAGAACUCCACAGGCCAUGGCUCCUGCCCAUGAAGACCAAGAAGGAAUUUACAGUCUUUGAGCACAUCGACAUCAACACUCCAUUAUUGCUGUCACCACAGGCCGGCACGAAAGACAAGACACUUUGCUGUUGGUUCUGCACCUCAGGUCCUAUUUCCCUAAGUGCCAAAAUUGAAAGGAAGGGAUACACCCCAGGAGAGUCGAUCCAGAUCUUUGCAGAGAUCGAGAACUGCUCGUCCCGCAUGGUGGUGCCAAAGGCAGCCAUCUACCAGACCCAGACCUUCUAUGCCAAAGGGAAGAUGAAGGAGGUCAAGCAGCUGGUGGCCAACCUGCGGGGAGAGUCCCUGUCCUCGGGCAAAACGGAGACCUGGAGUGGCAAGAUGCUGAAGAUCCCACCUGUCUCCCCAUCAAUCCUGGACUGCAGCAUCAUCAGAGUGGAGUACUCCCUCAUGGUGUACGUGGACAUACCCGGGGCGAUAAACCUGUCCUUGAACCUGCCCCUGGUCAUCGGAACCAUCCCUCUCCACCCCUUCGGCUCCCGCACGUCCAGCGUCAGCAGCCAGUGCAGCAUGAGCUGGCUGGGCAUGGGUCUGCCUGAGAGGCCUGAAGCUCCUCCAAGCUAUGCAGAAAUUGUGACGGAAGAGCAGAGGCAGAGCAGCCUGGAUGUGCCAGCUGCCCGUGAGGAGCUGGACGGACCUCUCUUCGCCUACAUUCACGAGUUCCGCUUCCAGCCUCCUCCUCUGUACUCUGAGAUCGAUCCUAACCCAGAUCACGCCAGCCGCACUGAGGAGCGCAGGCUCGAUGCCUGUCCAUCACGCUGAAGGGUAUUCCUGAAAUCCCCCCGAGUGAUUCGGGGAGCUCAAAGGAACCUGCUUGCAAGGCUCAGCUUUGUUUAUUUUUCUCCAACAACAGCUCUCACAUAGCGCUGUUGACAUCAAGAGAAAAGUAUCCAACCAACCAACCAACAAAGACUUGGACAAAUACCCACAGUUGAGUUGGGUUGGACAAAUCUGUUCCUGCCUUCCCUCAGCGAGAGAAACAGGAGUCACUAGUUUGGGGGUAUCACUUCCUUCCUGUGUCAGUCUGCUGAGGGUUGGAUACAUACAGAUGAACACAUAUUCAAUCUGUAUGAAAAAAACAACAAAAAACCCCACCAGUAGCCAGAGCCCUGCUGAUAGUAUUGACAAUGACGAGGAAGAAUCAGCAAGGCUCGGCCUGCCAAGCUCUUCUUUAACCCUUGAUUCUUCUGUACUCAUGGCACAUAUGGACAUGGCUCAUCACACAAAGGGCAGGACUAAUCAUGUCCAGAUUUCAGCAGAAUCACCUAAAGAAAAACGGGGACGAAGAGAUUAAAAAUAACAACAACAACAACAACAACGUUCUAACCAUCAUAAUCUGUAUGAAUGAAAGCGUUCAGCGGCAGCGGUCAAAAACCGAGCAAAGACUAGGUCGUCCUGCCUCAUUUUGGGAUUUUUGUUUUGCACAUUUUAUUCUUUUUACUUGAGUUGUGUGGCUCCGUUUAACGAUAAUUGAAAAAUCACUAAUAGUUUGGUUUCAGCCUUGUAACGCGCCAGACUAAGAAUAUGAGACUGCAGGCUUAACUUUCAUCUGCAUAACUUUUGUGCAACGCUGAGAACAGGAUAUGAUUUUUUUUUUUUUUUUUUUUUUUUUUUUUGGAAAAAAAGACUGAAAAGGACGAGAACAAUGCACUGAAUUUGUUUUAAACUGUUCUAGAAUUUUCUUUUUCUCCUUUUUUAUGACAUUUCCUCAGUGACUUAUAACAACUAGACUGGACUUUUACUACAACUGCAGCACACUAUCUCCAUCUGGCUGGAAGCUCUUUAAGAUGUUGCCUCCUCAGUUUGGAUCCAAGUGUGGCUUCCCUCCUCUUUUUAGUUUCAUUCUGUUCUUUUUAGUAUUUAGCUCUAAUCAUAGACUAGUUUUUAUCCUUUUUUUGUGUUGAGGUUGCUCUGGAUUUGGACUAGGAGGGUUGCAGACCUGCAUUUGCCACUCAAAUUGUAGCUGAAGAGAAACGUGUGAGUCUGAGUAUGUGUGAUUGUGAUCGUGUGUUUGAAACAGAGAGCGGUGGUACAUUUGUGGAGGGACUGGUCUCAUCCUUAAUUGCCUGCAGCCCCUCUACUCCUAAUCUCAGGGCAAGCCAGGCUUGCAUAACUGCCCGAAAAAGCACUGUCUCAGGUGGUCUUCUCACUUGCCAAACGGUUGGAAAAAAAAAAAAAAGAAAAAAAAAUUUCUGUUAAAUUGCACUGUUAAAAAUAGCGAUUUUUAUUUUGUAAAGAAAAAAAAAAGCUACCAAAACGAGAGAGACCUGCAGAGAAGCAAGGCAGCUUUCUGAGAUUAAUCACAUUCCCUUUUUGUCCUGCUGCACUUGCCCAGUUCAUCCAACAAACAGUUAGAUUUUUUUUACCAGACCAGUGAAGCCAGAAUGCUAACCAAAAAAAACAAAAAAAACAACAGAGGACACUGCUUCUGCUUUCAAGGAGCAAAGCCAGCACCAACAAAAAGCUGGAGACGUUGCUAAACCUCUGUUGAGACUGGUCAGAACAAGUAGUAGUAGUAGGUUGACAUGAGUAAUACAUUGGUUUUCUAACUCAUUCAACACAAAAAGGACCAGCUGCAACAGAGGUUUGACAUAGUUAAGAAAAAAAAAGCAGCACUUUUUUGAUAAGAAAACAUGAAGGAGGAAAAAAAAAAAUGGCAUUCAACGGUGAAGGUCUGGAGGAAAAACCAUUUGGUACUAACCGUGUUAUACUAGAGGAUUUUUCAGUAAAGCAGUGUUGUGUAGGACAUAAAAGCAUUAUUUAAUUAGUGGCUUUUUUUCUAAGUUUACAUUUUAAACGUAGCUGACACCAGUUUGUGUGCAAGUGUGUGUGUGUGUGCGUGUGUGUGUGUGUGUGCACGCUCCUAUCGAGAUCCAGGUGCAACUGAAUACACAGCUUUUGACAGUAAUAGACAAAACCGCAGAUUAUUAAAGUGAUCUUAUCUUAGUGGCCUUGACACAGAAAAGACCUGAUCAUGAUUUCUUCAUCUUUCAGCGUCUAUGUUAAAACUCUUGUUCUCCUUCGAUACGUUCGUACACACCUGUGUUUUUUUUCUUUUUUAGACCUUUCCAUGUUUAUUCAAAAGGACAAAAAGGGAAGAGGUAAAAAAAA